AAAAACACUAUAGAGAAUGAUUAAUCUUUAAAACGUGUGUGAUUUAGCGUCGUAGAGAUGUUCCUCUACUAUCCGUAACUAAUUUGAGGACGUGUGGCCCAGAAGAAGAGUAGCAGUGUCUACGCAACAGCAAGUAUUCUGCGAGUUAAAAAGACAUCCAGAUGCAAUACUGAAAAGUCAGAGGUCUUGAUUUGCCUCACCGAUGACUCCGUUUUUCCUAGAGCAGUCUGUUUAAUGCUUAGGCGGGAUAAGUAGAUUUCUAGGUGACCGAAGUAAUCUAUUAACAUAUUAGCCACAGAUUUUUUAAAAUAGAAAAUUUUCUAAGUAGGAAAUUAUCCAUAGCUCUUUGAUAGCUAUAGGGAGAGACCUCAAGGAAAGAAAGAAAGGAAAUACAUUGGGAAAGGAAACCGUGAUGAAAAAUUGGGGUGGGGAGAGUGGUCAGAUGGUGCAUGAGAAGGAUCUGAUUCAAGGUCAGCAGUGGGGCAGCGGGGAAGCGGGGAGGAGGGGAGAGGGCUGCCUCCCUGUGGGAUCUAGCACCACAGAGCUGGAAGUGUGGAGCAUUACACACACAGCCCCACUAAGGAUGAUUUUCUUAUAUCAGAUGGUACCUUUCAUUUUAUUUACGUCAGUUUCUGGUGAAUGUGUGCCUACAUUGUUUAAGGACACCGACUUUGAAGGAGGGGACAUUGCUACAGUUUUCUCACCGAGCGCCAAGUACUGCCAGGUAAUCUGCACUUACCACCCAAGAUGCCUACUCUUCACUUUCACGGCGGAAUCACCGUCUGAGGAGCCCACCCAAUGGUUUACUUGUGUCCUGAAAGACAGUGUUACAGAAACACUGCCAAGAGUGAAUAGGACAGGAGCAAUUUCUGGGUAUUCUUUCAAGCAAUGCCCACACCAAAUAAGCGCUUGCAACAAAGACAUUUAUGCGGACCUGGACAUAAGGGGCAUGAACUACAACAGCUCGGUUGCCAGGAGUGUUCAAGAAUGCCAGGAAAGAUGCACAGAUGACAUCCACUGCCACUUUUUCACGUAUGCCACAAGACGGUUUCCCAGCCUGGUGCAUCGUAACAGGUGUCUGCUGAAGCACACCCAAACGGGGACACCAACGGGGAUAACGAAGCUCCACAGAGUGGUGUCUGGAUUUUCACUGAAGUCCUGUGCCCUUUCUAACCUGGCUUGCAUUAGGGACGUUUUCCCUGACACCGCGUUUGCAGACAGCAACAUUGCCAGCGUCGUGACUCCAGACGCCUUUGUCUGCCGCCGAAUCUGCACUCAUCAUCCCGGUUGCUUGUUUUUUACCUUCUUUUCCCAGGAAUGGCCCAGAGAAUCUCAAAGAAAUCUUUGCCUCCUUAAAACAUCUGAGAGUGGAUUACCCAGUACACGCAUUAAAAAGAGCAAAGCACUUUCCGGUUUCAGUCUACAGACCUGCCGGCACAGCGUCCCAGUGUUCUGCCAUCCGUCAUUUUACCAUGACACUGACUUCUUGGGAGAGGAACUGGAUAUUGUCGCUGUGAAAGGUCACGAGGCCUGCCAGAAACUCUGCACCGAUGCCGUCCGCUGCCAGUUUUUCACCUACACCCCAGCUCAGGCAUCUUGCAGCGAAGGGAGAGGCAAAUGUUACUUAAAGCUUUCUUCAGACGGAUCUCCGACUAAAAUACUGCACGGGAGAGGAGGCAUCUCUGGCUACACAUUAAGGUUGUGUAAAAUGGAUAAUGAGUGUACCAGCAAAAUCAAGCCAAGGAUUGUUGGAGGAACUGCAUCUGUUCGUGGCGAGUGGCCGUGGCAGGUGACGCUGCACAUCACCUCACCCACUCAGAGACACCUGUGUGGAGGCUCCAUCAUUGGAAACCAGUGGAUUUUAACAGCUGCUCACUGUUUCUAUGGGGUAGAGUCGCCUAAGAUUUUGCGUGUCUACAGUGGCAUUUUAAAUCAAUCUGAAAUAAAAGAGGAUACAUCUUUCUUUGGGGUUCAAGAGAUAAUAAUACAUGAGCAAUAUAAAAUGGCAGAAAGUGGGUAUGACAUUGCCUUGUUGAAACUGGAAACAACAGUGAAUUACACAGAUUUUCAACGACCCAUAUGCCUGCCUUCAAAAGGAGAUAGACAUGUAAUAUACACGGAUUGCUGGGUGACUGGAUGGGGGUACAGAAAAUUAAGAGACAAAAUACAAAAUACUCUCCAGAAAGCCAAGAUACCCUUAGUGCCCAAUGAGGAGUGCCAGAGGAGAUACAGAGGGUAUAAAAUAACCCAUAAGAUGAUCUGCGCGGGCUACUGGGAAGGAGGGAAGGACGCUUGCAAGGGAGAUUCGGGCGGCCCCCUGUCCUGCAAACAUGACGAGGUGUGGCACCUGGUAGGCAUCACGAGCUGGGGCGAGGGCUGCGCUCAGAGGGAGCGGCCAGGCGUUUACACCAACGUGGUCGAGUACGUGGACUGGAUUCUGGAGAAAACUCAAGCAGCGUGAACGUGUUCCCGGGGCCAUUCGAGUCCAUGGAGCACAGAGGAUUUGCUGGGAGAGUGCGCUGAUGUCGCUGAGGAAGACUGUGCCUGCCUGCUUCCUCCACAGUAACGCCCGGAAGGGGCUUCGUCUUAGUGGGAAAAUGCCAAAAGAAAACCAGCAGUCACAAGCUGUUUCCCAAACCGCCGCUCUGCACUCAUUGUAGCUUGUUUCAGCUUGCGGUCUCGUUUUUGAUCGCCCUUCUAUGGAGCCCGGGAAUUACCCUAAGGCACUAUUUUCAAAGAUUAAUAUAUAUAGGGAGAUGUAUAAGAAAAUAGACGAGCAGUGGCAGCCGGGACCGGACAGAAGAACUGAUCAAAGAAGCCACCAUGAAGAUUUGGUCAAUGGAAAAUGAAAGUGGGAAGAAAGGAGAACAGAGACAGUCAUCGUCAUUUUGCAGAAUCUACACUCUGCCUACGUGAACACCUGUCUUUUGUAAAGAAAGAAUUUGAUUGCAUUUAAUGGCAGAUUUUCAGAAUAGUCAGGAAUUCUUGUCAUUUCCGUUUUAAAAUAUAUAUAUUUUUUAAAAAUCCGUUUGGGUAGACACAAGAGUGAAUGUGGAGACACCAGAAUUUCUGUAUGGAAGAGGAUUAUAAGCAGCAAUUGACCUGGAAGUGGUGCCUUAGGACCGAUCCUGAAGAUACCCUUUCCUGAAAAAUGAUUUGUGAUGGAUUGUAUAUUUAUUUAAAAUAUUUUGGGAGGGGGAGGCUGAUGCAGAUGCAUGGUCAAGCUUCUCUAAGACAAGCUGCUACGGUGACUGUGGGCUCCCAAGGCUAGACCCUAUGUUUAUUGGACACAAUUCCCCACAGACUGCAUCCAUACAACAGAGAAAAAACAAUUUGGGACCAAAUGGAUGGUUACAGCCAGGUCUUCAGCAAGCAGCUCCCUGUAUUCUAAGUACUGGAUUUUAUGUUUAGUGCAACUAUUUAUCUGAUUAUUGUCAUGAGCUAGUGCAAUAACCUCGAAUUUGAACUGUCACCACAUAGCUUUCAACCUGUGCCAACAAUUCAUCCAGUGUAAAAAAAAAAUUUUUUUUUUGAGAUGAAGUCUCAUUCUGUUGCUUAAGAUGGAGUGCAGUAGCAUGAUCUCAGCUCCCUGCAACCUCCACCUCCCAGGUUCAAGCGCUUCUCCUGCCUCAGCCUUCCAAGUAGCUGGGACUUCAUUCAACCACCACCAUGCCUGUUGAAUUUUUCUGUUUUUAGUAGAGACAGGAUUUCACUGUGUUGGCCAGGCUGGUCUUGAACUCCUGACCUUGUGAUCUGCCCACCUCGGCCUCCCAAAGUGCUAGGAUUACAGGUGUGAACCACUGCGCUGGCCAUGAAAAAUAUUUAUUGAACACAAUUAUGCAAUAGCAUCAUGGUGAGCAAACAGGUAUGUCCUAGUUUCAUGAAGCUUAUACUGUAGUUAACACGAGCAACAAAAUAAAAAUCAUCACACAAAAUCUAUACGUUCAAGCUGAAAUGAGCGGCUGCACCAGAUUCCAUGAGAUGAGAAAGGAAGAAGGACAUUUUUCACCAAGUUCAAAGACUGGGAUACAAGAAAACUUGUCCUCAGGAAGAGAAAACAAAAGAAAAACCCGGAAGAGCAAAAUGACGGUCGGGCGCGACGGGCGUAUCAGAUGCAAAACGCUGAUGGCUUUGAACAGAACUGGAACGGAACGUCAGAGUGCCUUCGAGACAGGACUAGCUUAUUAAUGUUACCUUAUUACAUCGUAGACUGGAAGCAACGCUGGACACAAAAAAGGGCUGGGAUGUAAUUUUGGGUAAGAAGAGAUCUUUCUGUAAAGUCUUUCCUGAGAAGCUUAUUGAGACAAACAUAUAUUUUUGAUUUUAGUGUUUAACUUUGUAAAAUGCCUUGAUUUUUGAAGAGCUAGUAUAUGCCUAUGAUUCAUUAAUGGAAAUACUAUGAGAUAUAAAAUGUACAAUGAGAAGAUCUCCUCUUCUGCGUAAGAGGAAUGCACGUUCCACACAUUGAGUAGCACCUCCUCACUUCCAUUCUGUCUGGGCUCAUUUCUGAUUGACUGUCUGUGGAUGUUUCUGAUGGCUACAGAGAGAGCUUCCUGUAUCUUGGGGUAUUUCCGAUGCGUACAGGAGGCCUCUGUCCACGAGGGAAGCCUGGUGUUUGCAGUGGGGAUUCCACACUUCGUUUAACCAGUCCCCUUCCAGGACACUCGCGUUGUUUUCAAUCUCUCCCUCUUCCACACAUACACAGGAACAUGUGUAGGAUAAAGUCCAGAUGUAGAAUUGCUGCAGGCAAAACAGAAUGAAAGCAGCAGAUGCAUCUGUCCUGUUGACUACUGCCAAAUUCCUCUUCAGAAAUUGGUAGCAAUUUUGUCUCCCACUAGCAAUGUAAGAGAGGGCCAUGUCCCACCUACCAUAAUACGGCACUUAGGAGUUUUUGACAGUCUGAUGGGUGAAAAAA